AAAAUAGUCUAAAAAUCUUUAUUUGGUUCAACAAGGUCAAAAUUAUUCCAUUAAUUAGGGUAUCCAUGAAUAAAAAUUUGUUUGAUUCAGUAAAAUGUGAUUAAAUAGAAAUCUCGGGCUUCCGAUAUCAGUCGUUGUUAUAGUGAAAGGCUCGGAGACUGGUGACAACGCCGCCAUUUUUCAACGAAUUUUUUUUGCAAAAAUUAGACCUUUGCUAAAAUCAGAUACAAUGUCUGAUCAUGAAGAUGACGAUUAUGAUCCUGCGGCAGAAGAAGGUGAAGAUGAUGAAUUAGGAGAAGAAGAGGACAAGUCAGGUGAAGAAGAGGAGAAUGUUGAAGAAGAAGAGGAAGAAAAGUUACCGGAAGUUCCUCUUACAGAAGAGAUGAUGGCGGAAUGUUUAUCAUUACUUUGUAAGACUGGUGAUGGCUUAGCGCAUGCUUAUGUCAGGGUUGACCUACACGAGAGAGAUUUAACUGACAUAAGCCUUCUAAAUUCAUACAUUCAUUUACGUUAUGUGGACAUUUCAAAGAAUAACCUAAAGGAUAUCUCCCCCCUGAAUUCCCUGACUCAUCUUCUCACUUUAAAAGCUGAUGGGCUGUUGAUCAACUGCGCCAAGCUAGAAGAACUGCCAUAUCUUCAAGUCGCAAGUUUCAAUAACUGUCGUAUUACCACAACUGAAGGAGUCAGCCAUCCACUUAUUGAACAUUUGAGUUUAAACUUUAAUCAGAUCACAAUGGUAAAACAGCUAGAUUCAGUCAAGCUCAGUAGAUUACAUACACUAGAAAUGCGUAGUAACAAACUUGAGACCACCGAUGGUAUCUAUCUACCAAACCUCAAGAAUUUAUUCGUAGGUGCGAAUGUAAUCAAGAAACUUGAAGGCCUUGAACGCCUGGAGCAUCUAACUACAUUACAUUUACGUGACAAUCAAAUCGAAUCGCUUGAUGGCUUUAGCGAAAUGAACCGUAACCUUCAGUAUAUCAAUCUCCGUGGAAACAACAUCUCUGAUAUAAAAGAAUGUGAAAAAUUGAAGGUACUCCCGAAACUGAGAGCUCUCGUACUCUCAGAAAACCCAGUAGCGGAAGAUGAAGAAUACCGUCUUGAAGUUUUGAUCGCGAUAAGAAAACUUGAACGUCUAGACAAGGAUGAAUACAAUGAAGAUGAGCGACAGGAGGCUGAAGAGACUUUUGAACAAAGACGUCAAGAAGCCAUUGAGAAAGAACAAGAAGCAGAAGUUAUCGAAGAUGAAUAAACAAUUAUGUGUUGAGUAAUCAGAAUCUAUAACAAACUGCCUAUUAAGUAUAUAUGUGCAGAUACAAAGAACAUGAAAAAGGACUGUCAGCUUCUUCAAAACUUGCUGCUUGGAGCAUAAAUGCUACAUAUCCAAGUUAAGCAUAAAAUAUAAAUAAGAAAAAUAACCGUCUUUGCUCUGUGGUAGAGAUUGCAUGUAAUUUAACUCUGGUCUAGAACUUACUCUUUGGAAUCGAGAAUACCCUAUAUAAGUAAAAAUUGAAAAAUGACAUAUUUGUCUAAAUAGAGCUUUACAUUCUUGAGACCCACUCUGUGGACGACUCCAAAGAUAAAUGUUGCUA